AUGUUCGAAUUUAGCGUGCAACGUACGGAUAAGCGGGUUUCUAAUGUACAUGGACAUUUUCACGAGAGAGACAAGAUUUUUAACCUUCUCCUGCAAAGUGGACACUCAACGCAACAAAGCUCCACCACCGGAAGGCCUCUUUCACUUCUUCUUCGACACAACCCCGUGGAUUUCUUGAAUCUUCUCACACUGUCUAUCUCAGCAGAUGCUUUCUUUCAGGAUGAGACUUUUGGAUUUUCGCACCGCUCCCGUCUGUAUCGUGCGCUGAUCUCAUGCUCCCUGGAGCUUGACGCUACCCAGUUGGCGGAUUCCAGUGUUCCUUCUUAUCCGGUGCAUGUGUUUAUCUUCGUCAUUCACCAGUUGGCUUUGGAGGCGGAUCCCAAGAACGUACUCGACUUCGCUCUGCUUUUCAAGUUGUUCUCUCGCAUAUGCUGCGAGUUCAAAGUAUACCUGCGGAACAAUUCACUUCCGUUUGAGUCUGCCGUCACCGAUCUGAUUUCGCGCAAUCGCUUGACUACUCUGGACGACUGGUUGUUUUUAGCCCAACGGGCGCAAUGCUAUCAUAUAUGUGAGUACAUUCAUCGCCUUCGCAACGAAACGUUUGAGGCCUUCCGGGAUCAGUUGACUGCGCUGCAGUACUCACUGCUCCCGUGUCCCAAUUCUGUCACCGAAGCUACUUAUACAGGUGGGCGCGCGGAUUCAGAGUCCCAUCCGGCGGGAGUUCGAAUAUUCUCAUUUUUGGAAAUUCUUUUCACCGCCGGAGAGCCGAAGGAGGACACUCUACACUCGUUGCAUCUGACGCAUGAAGAUGUGUGCAAUAUAAAAACCCUGUGUUUGGAGAAAAUUACGCUUCUUGCCCGUUACGAUGCGGAGCGGACAUUGCGUUUACUAUCCCUGAUGUUUGAUACUCCAAUUACGAAUGUGCUUUCGCGGAUAUCCACAUCCUUUGACCGGUACAAAGUUGGGACGACGAACGGCUCCACUGACCAAUCGAACAAUCUCGCUUGUCUCCUUUUGCUUCGAGUCUACUUCCAAUGCAGGCACCGCUUGAUUAGCCAUGCAGACAAUUCUGAGGCUAGUUCACCUGCAGACACACGGGACAAAUCGUGGGAGUCGUUUCUGAACAAUGUUUCUCCCGACGCCGCUGGAUUCUUUGUGUUUCUUUUGGUUGAUUCCGGCGCAUCAGAAUCGGAAUUGCUGCAGUUUUUGGUCACAAAUCAUGAUUACGAUGCACCCUCACUGUUCCAGACUAUCACGCCACAAGCGUACCCGCGCGCUUUGGCUUUUUUGUACGAACGACUGGGCGAUUUGGAUAAAGCACUGGAAACCCACGAACAGUCUUUCAUACGGAAUUGGGCGUCACUAGUUCACGAGUACCAUGCCUCUGCUUUGGGGCCCGCUGAAUCGACAAAUAGUGUCCAACCGACCAGACUAGAACCAAUUCAAACUGCCCUCACAGAGACAUUCCAACAUCAGCGCACUGCAGUGCAUUCUGUCGCUGAUAAUUGGUUCUCCUUCUGUCAACGAUAUCAAUCUCUGCAAAAGGAAAAUGCGAAGAAUGUUUGGUUUCGAGUUAUAGACCUUCUGAUGGAAGAGCAGUCUUCGGUGUCCGAAUCCUUUCUUAUAUCGGAACUGAACGAAAUUUUUCACGACCUGCUAUCUUUUGUGACGACAAGUCUCUCUCUGACCGCUAUCAUAUCCUACAUUUUACAGAAACAAUCAUCCAGAGGUUCCACGGCCAAAUUUACCAAACAGACUAGUGCUUUUGUGACCCGGCUAGUGACCACUUGUCAUUUUGAAGCGGAACAAACGGCAUUGAACAGAGGUCUGGCUCGGCACGAUCUCACCUUACAGCAGUUGGGCUUCCUAGCUCGUUUCCGCCGGGGAUGCUGUGCAAUUCAAGCGUGGUGUGACUUGUGCGCUCAUCGUUUGCGGUAUGAAGCGGUUUCUGAUACGAAUUGUUUUGAGAAUACCAGAAGCUCUGGGCACUGUGUUUUGCUGUUCCGAUGUGGUCACGUUUUUCACCUUGCGUGUGUGUACGAAGAUCAAAAGGCAACUGCAAUGGACACACAACAAAGCGACCUGCAUCUGGUUUGUCCAAUGUGUCUCGCGGAUACGGACGUCAAUGCUGUACAUUUAACGAAACCUUUUGGCCGCAGUCGACGGCGAGCAUUUGUGAAUCAUUCUGACGAUCCAAUCCGAGUGGAGAUUGUGAAGCGAGAUGUGACGGUGCCACGGAAUCCGUUCGACGAAUGA